AUGUAUUCAGCGGCGGAAAUAAAGCGAAAUUCGACCGGAUCAACGGUUUUCGGAAAAGCCACAAAAUUCGCUAAAUUAGCUCAUGAGAGGAAAUAUUCAAAAACGGGAUUUGAGGAAAGAGAUCCGAUGAAGAAAGCUGGCUGGAUAAAUCUGGUGAAAGAUUUCGAUGAAAUCAAUGAAGAAGAGGCACAUCCACCCGUCAAACCAACUCAAAAUCUGAAUCGACCCGACUAUCUGCUGGAUGCACAAGAGUGCAUGAAAGAAAUGUUCUUCUCAAGAACGGAUCGAGAUAUCUGGGAAGAUUUCAGUCGAAUUGUGAUGAAUUGCACUCCGUACGAUGAGAUGAGGAUCAAGAUUUACUCGAAUUCUUUUCGCUAUCACUAUUUUCAAAAGCCGGCUCGAUAUGAGGACAAUGAGUUUUUAGAAAACUAUCCGCAUUGCAAAUUUCUUGGAGUUGAUCCAAAUGCCACUGAGAAGGAAACCGCCUACAAACAGUAUAAAAAUCAUAGAACCAAUGUUGACACUAUUUUUGAGGUUGGAAAAUUCGUGAACGCCUUAGUGACAACGGAUGGGAAAACGAGAGAAAGCACAUCGGUUAAAGGAAAUAUUACCACAAAAAUCGACCAACAGACGCUUGAAGUUGGGGAAUUUUUCAGCGAGAAUUUGGAGAACAAAAUAAUCGAUGUUUUGUGGAUGGAUAACGAGUACGAAGAAUACGAUUUACUUCCAUUUUUCCUCAAAGAUUCCCCACUUUUUCGUGAUGGAUGGAGGAUUUGUCAGAUACAAGUCGAGAUUCACGGUCAUUUGGAAAAAGUGGAAAUCAUUCGAAAGUAUGCGAAAUUUGUGAAAGCGAUGUUUGAAGAAGGACGUUAUUUGCCCAUUCAUUCGAUGCAAAGUGUCCACAUUAUG